AUGCAGUAUGGCUUUCGUAUUGGCAGCUUUCGCCCCAUUGCAUCUUCUGUUAUGUCUCCUAAUCACUCUUCGGCUUGUGCUUGCCCUGCUGAGGUUACUACUCAUCUGCUUAACUGUUGUGACCGCGGAGAAACUGCGGGCCCAUUUGCAUCUCCGCCAUUCCCUCACAUGCAUAUUUCUGGUUUGGGUGCUAUCCCGAAGUCUGAUGGCAAACUGCGUAUCAUCCACGACCUCUCGCCCCCUGCCGGCUCGAGUGUGAAUGACGGUAUAUCUCGGGAUGAAUUCAGCCUGCAGUACGAAACUGUCGAUACAGCUAUCUCUCUGAUCAUGCAGGCAGGGUGUGGCGCUCUUUUGACGAAGGUCGACAGGAAUGCAUUCCGUCUCUGUCCUGUUGCCCCCUGUGACUGGCCUCUUCUGGGCAUCUUCUGGCAGGGACAAUUCUAUCAUGACAAAGUGCUACCAUUUGGAUUGCGUUCUGCACCAUACAUAUUCGAUAAAUUCGCCACAGCAGUCCAGUUUAUUCUCGAGGAUGCAUGCCACCUAAGCCAAUUACUCCCCUACCUGGACGACUUUCUGAACGUUAGUCCGCCCCACCUGCCCGUUGCGGAACAUCAUCGCUCACAUAUCUUAGACAUGCUCCGCUAUUUGCAGAUACCGGUGGCCUCUGAGAAAGUCGAAGGCCCAUCCACAUGUCUCACCUUCCUCGGCCUGGAGCUGGAUUCGCUGACGUUUGAGAUCCGGUUACCGUCCGCCAAACAUGGGGCGUAUCUCGGCAAAGUCAACGGCCUCCUUCAAUCAGGCAUGGCGUCCCGGCGCGAACUCGCCUCCGUGUUGGGCAAUCUCUCGUUCGCGGCCCGGGCUAUUCCUGUCGGUCGUACCUUCCUGAGGCGCCUGUACGACCUUGACCGUGCAACAAGCAACCUUCCAAAGCACAAGGUUCUCUCUGGCAAUAGCACCGUCAUCCAGGAGGACAUACUCAGCUUCAGAGCGGCGGUACCUGGAUUUCUGUCAGCAGCAUGGCGUUGUGGCCCUGCCUGGAAGCGACGUUCCACUGUGCUACUACGCAGCCCUCCUCAUGCGCACACUGCGGCCGGCCUCGGUUCGCACAUAUAUGUCAGCCAUCUGGAACUUACACGUCGAAAUGGGCCUCGAGUACCCGAAUCAGCCGACGUCCCUGCUGUCACGAGUGUUAAGAGGCAUAGCCCGUUCGUCGGGACCUGGCCGCCCUCGUUUGCCUAUCACAACACCCAUCCUCCGGCAACUCUGCCAACGCCUCCAAGUUUCCUCCAUGCGGCACUCAGUUGACCAGGCAAUGCUGCAGUGCGCCUUCACCCUGGCCUUUUAUGGCUUCCUGCGCUGUGGUGUGAGCUCACCUCGUUGACGUUUGGCAACGUGGCCCUGGACCAACAAUCAUUUCGUAUCACCAUCACGCUGCUGCAAUCAAAGACGGACCCGGACGGUAGGGGCACGGUAGUCCACGUGGGCGGCUGUACCGAUGUCAUCAGCUGCCCUGUUACGGCGAUGGUGCGGUACCUGACGGCAGUGUCGGCAGAGUCCCAAUCUCCUAGAGAUCAGCUGCUCGUCUACCACAAUGGCCAGCCUCUGACACGAGCGGACGUCACGAGGGAGGUGCGGACCCUCCUACCGCUUUGUGGGAUUACAGAUCCGUCCAGCUAUGCCAGCCACUCAUUCCGGAUCGGAGCAGCCACGUCUGCAGCUAUCGCAGGCGUACCAGAGCACGUGAUCCGCCAUAUGGGGCGAUGGCGCAGCGACGCCGUGCUGCGCUAUAUCCGUGUUGAGCCAUCCGAGGUGCGGCUAGUAUCAGAGAAGCUAGCCACAGUGAGUGACUGACCAGUAGCGCUGCACCUUGACGAAUGUCUCCUCCGGUAUACAUACCAACUCUCAGUACCGCUAUCGGUACCUAGAUUUCUUGACUGCUAGCAGCUCCUGCUAUACUCCUCGUUCAAUGCUCGCGUUAUUUCUGAGCACUGACUUAUUUGGUUGGCCCACCAGGGUAACUAGCUUGGGCACUGAACUCUCAGUAGCUGGCAGCAUUCUCUCUACUCUCCCGAAUCACUCUAUUCGGUUACUGCCCUUGGCAGGUCAGCCGCCAUUUCGGUCUCACUCUCGGUCCCCGCCUCUGUCGGGUCGGCCGCCUCCAUGGUUACACACUGCCAGCUCCUUCGCCCAGUUACCCUGUGGUGCCAACCAACUACUGCUGUGUCUGUGUGUGGGUCGUGUAUGCCUCCGCGUACGGAGCAUGCGUUAAUGCAAGUUUUGCGUAGCUAAAGUAUGUUAACGCGGUGACGUAAUGUUUUCACUGUAUGCUGAUGUCUAUCACGCGCGUGUUCGCGGCAGCUCACGGAUGCGCCGUUGUGCGCAUGCGCAAACUCUCCCAGCAGCUCGCUUUGCAUACGUACACCCUUCAGCAGCCUUCGUGCCUGGCUCUCUUUGUUAGUUGCAUUGGCUCGCAUGACUCUUGCUCCGUGUUUUCACCCACCCACCCACACCGACUUCAUUGUGUUACAAUUCUUAUUCUGUAGCACCCCGCUUAUACUACUAACCUCAUUCGUCUUCCAAACUCACUCUGCUAAACAAAAACAAGCAGGGAUUGGGCACUGAACUCUCAGUAGCUGGCAGCAUUCUCUCUACUCUCCCGAAUCACUCUAUUCGGUUACUGCCCUUGGCAGGUCAGCCGCCAUUUCGGUCUCACUCC